GCGCGCUUGCUUCCAGGCCGGGGGCGGAGCGCAGCGAGGGCUGAGCUGUAAGUGCUCCGCGUACUGGCUCUGCGACCUCAAGCCGCACGGAGACCCCACCUCCCCCCACCCUGGGCCUGCUGGGAGCUAACGCCCUCCCUGCACUCUUGACCGUCUCACGGGGGACGUGCUGCUGACUGGCGCCUGCGACCCGGUAGCGGGACACACCCAGAGAGGACUCGGAGCCAUGAGCCGCCAGCCCCGGAGGGUGGCGGCCCUGCUGCUCGGGCUGCUCCUGGAGUGUACAGAGGCCAAAAAACAUUGCUGGUAUUUUGAAGGACUCUAUCCAACAUAUUAUAUAUGCCGCCCUUACGAGGACUGCUGUGGCUCCAGGUGCUGUGUGCGGGCCCUCUCCAUACAGAGGCUGUGGUAUUUUUGGUUCCUUUUGAUGAUGGGCGUGCUCUUCUGCUGCGGAGCUGGCUUCUUCAUCCGGAGGCGCAUGUAUCCCCCACCGCUGAUCGAGGAGCCCGCCUUCAACGUGUCCUACACCAGGCAGCCCCCCAACGCCACUCCAGGGGCCCAGCAGCCGGGGCUGCCAUAUUACACGGACCCUGGAGGACCAGGGAUGAAUCCUGCCGGGAAUGCUAUGGCGAUGGCUUUCCAGGCCCAACCCAACUCACCCCAGGGAAGCACAGCCUACCCACCGCCCCCUUCUUACUGCAAUACACCCCCGCCCCCAUAUGAACAGGUGGUGAAGGCCAAGUAGCAGGGUCACCUGCCUGUGCGACCUCACAGGGGAACAGGGAGGGGCACUGUCACUCCACCUCUCUGUCCCCAUCAACGUUUGCUUCCAGGAAUUGUCUUCUGAGCCACUAAGGGCAAAUUCCUCUUUGAUACCUUCAAAUCAAGCACAGCCCCCUUUCAAGUGUUCCAUGGAGGACCGAUAUUUGAAUUCACCCUGUGUCUCCUCUGUUACUUCUGUUUCUGAUGUAAUCCGAGCUCUGGCAGAGUGUGGACAGUCCCCGAGGGUUGACACCUUAGAUCCUCGGGGAAGAGACUAAGGAGGAUGAGGCAAGGCAGGGCUGGUAUGUGCAGGAGAACACAAGUGAGCACACGGAAGGGACCGCUGCUAGCCUUGACAGCUUCCUCCCAGGCACUCAGCAGGCAGCUCGUGGAAACGAGGCCCCACAGGCUCCACUCUUUGAGCCCCUCGUCCUGUGGGCCUUCCUCUUCAAGAAGCCGUUAGACAUGUGGUGUAAAAGAAACUUCUUAGCACUUUCUAUCUCCGUUCACUUCCUAAGAAUGAGGGAGGCCGCCCUUCUGCACAGCCAGGGCUGGAAGAGCUCUUUUCCUCAAGAUGACAGGAUCCAGAAUCCGGCCAAGUUGGAUGUCUACACUUACCUGAAAAUGACUAAGGAAAGUUACUUAAGUUUAUGAGGAAUUUCUCUCUGCCUCAAACUGGGACAUUGCAUUUUAUGUCCCAGAGCUCUUGGUCUGACUUGGCAGAAAUAAAAUGUUUCCCCGUUUUUUAGUGAGUUUGCGGACACUCCUGUAGAGAGAGUCCUGUCCUUUGAGGUCAGACUCAGAGUGUCUUCUCGGACCGGCAGCCACCCUCUGGCUUCGUCAUGACCAGAGGUCUCCACACCCUUCCCCGAGGCAGCCCCGGCAGUGGGUUGUGAUGGACAUUUGCAAAGCAGAGAGGCACAUCUGGCUGGGAAGUCACAUCAACCCCUGGGAGAGAGGAAUCCCAGCAGGGUCUGGCCGGCGGUUUUGAGCCUGGGGCAGCAGGCCCCUGCAGUGGUUUGUUUGAUCUCAGCAGGAGUGUGUGUCUGACAAGGGGAAAGCUUGCUGGAAAAAAAAGAGGAAUGCAAAAUCCCAGGACUGCAGGAAGAUCUCUUCAAAAAGUACAGAAUAGAUCUCACUGACAACUAAAUCAACAUUAGAAUAGAAGAUGUGGUUGGAAAUGCAAAUCCUGGCUAAGAAACAGAUCUCACCCUGGGAUCCAACAGUAGCCCUAGUCACCGGGAUGCAGGGAGGUCCUGUUCCUCUGCAGUUAGUGAUGCUGACAGUGCGUUUAAACCCAGAUUGAGAUCUGACUGGUUGUGUAUAGGAAGGCAGAGCAGCCUAGCCAAGGUGGGUAGAUCCCUGUGUGUGUUUAGUAGUGGGAUAGGGUGGGGGGCAGGGGCAUAUUUUUGUAAUGAGCUAAUUGGAGCCUCUUGCGAAAUUGUUACGCAUUGAACUCGAGCAAUUUUGUUACUCAUUGAACUUGAGCGUGGGAACAUCCCGCUGCAGUGGAUGCUGAGUCCCCCAGACCAGGAGUCCCUUUCCUACUGGGAUCUCUGUAUCAGGGGAGGGCGUGAAAUCGGGAUGGGGUCGCAGCGACGGCUCUGACUUACCUUCCCUCUAAAGAUGGAGAGUCUGCCAGCCUCCCAGGGAAUUCCACAGGAAACGCUUGGAGCCACACGAACACCGUUGGAAACACAGUUUAUAAACACAGAUGCUGCUGCUGGUGUAUUUCAGCCACCCUCCUGUGACCUCCGAACUCCUGUCCCGGACUGCAGUUCCUCCCCACACUGGAGUCCUGGAUUCAAGUGAGACAACAAAGCACAACGUUGCCGUUUACAACCAAGGACAACCACAGGGGUCCAGAAGGUUCCUCUUCCUCCAGGUCAUUCGUUUUGCACUUUUAGUUUGAAUUUCUCCCUUCACUUUUUUUUUUUUUUUUUUUAAAUAAGCACAGUAAGAGAUGCCCCUGGAAUUGGAUCCGGGUGCAGUUGAAUAGGCACCCAAAUAUCCAUGGCUUAAUUUUGUUUAUCUUUUUUGAUAGCAAAUGAUCUCAGAGACUGGAUGAUUUAGGUAGUGCUCAACCGCUUUGUAUUCUGUGUUUGUGAAGAAAAAUUUCGUUUUCCCUUGAACCUGGAUGAGAACCCUGCUACAGUGAACACCCAUACUGUGUGUAGAAAUUCCACUUGUGGUGACAUUUCCUGGCCAUUCUCAUUUCCUCUGUGCCGUCAGUGGACUGUGUCCCCCUCCCGGAGUGAGUCCAGCUCCUGGCGUGUUGAUGUCUUAGAGAGUCAGUGGUUAGGAGUAAACCGGGAGCCAAUCUGUGCUUGUGUUCUCUCUGCAACAUUUGGCUUCUUUCGCUUUUCUGUUCUCUUUUGAUAGGGUCCUGUUUCCUAUGUAUGCAAAAUAAAAAAUAAAUUUGG